GGGCGUUCCCAUGACGCGCCGGUCAGGAAUAUAAAGCCCGCGCGGGUCCUCGAUCCAGCAUACGAUCUUCCCACAGCAACCUCACCAUGACUCCCAACGCAACUGCUGUAUCUGCUCUGUCUUAUGCGCCCCGCACCGUGGCCAUGAGAAAGGAGGCAAACGAACUGAGAAAAACCUUAAAACCAUUACUGGAAAAGAAACGACGAGCGCGCAUCAACGAGAGCCUCGACCGAUUAAAAGCGCUCAUUCUCCCGCUCACAGGCAAAGAUAAUUGCCGUUAUUCUAAACUGGAGAAAGCUGAUAUUUUGGAGAUGACCGUUCGAUUCCUGACUGAUAUUCAAUCCACUCCUUCUAAAGAUGGUGCCGUUAGUUUUAAAGAGGGGUACACAACCUGCAUGCAGCGCGUUUCAGCUCGCAUCGCGCAAACCAACCUCGACACAGAAACGCGCCAUCGCGUCAACGAGUUCCUCCAGCGUUCCACGACGCCCAAGACACCGGCCUGCCAGAACUGCUGUGCACAGAGCUCCAAAAUGAUGUCACAAAUCCAGCAAAAACUUCUGAAUUUGAAAUCUAGCAGCUCAAGAAUCCAAAACCCCAAAAGCAACGCUGAGAUUCUCAGUCAACAGCCCGUGCCAGUGAUCACCGACGCUGAAGUCUGGAGACCUUGGUAGAUCUAGGCUACCACACAAAUGACUGUUAUCAGAAUUGUACAUAUUUGCAACCUAUGUCUCUUUUAAAACGUAGGCAACUUGAUGAUGAAAACGAGUCAUCAAAUAACAUAUAAGUAUUGUAUACUUGUUUUUUUCCCCCACAGUCCAGUGUAUAGUAAUGGAACAGACCCGUUUAAAUAGUUUUGUUUUCAUAAAGAUCCUGCGCGUGACCUGUACAUAACGUGGUUAUAGAUUUAUUCCCCAUUGCGGGUUAAAUCGUCGGUGGCUCUUGAAAACGCCUUGUAAAACCCCAUGGGUUAUUAAUGGUAAAAGAUUUGCGCCUCACACUUCAGUAUCCUGAGUUGGUGCGGAUUAUUCAAUUGUAAGCACUGUGUUGUUCACUAAAAUCUCUUUUUUGGGUGGAUGUGCUAAUACUAUGUAUUUGGAAUACUUGUUUAUACAUUUGUGUUGUGCUAUACACUUUAUAAUAAAAUUG